AUGGAACCAGCUACGGAACCGCCACCAGUAGCUGUGCCAAAGCCUCGCGUUGGUCGAGCGCUUUGGCGCUCUUCGCCCAGCACUUUCCACCGGGCGCGCGACCAUACCGUGCGACCCGACGUGGUGCUGUGCAGCGCGGGCGCCGAUGCGUUCGGUGCAGGUGGUCGCUGGGAAGAAGUGAUCGGUUUGCUGCCGGCGAUGUCUCAGCAGGGCAUUGGUCCCAAUGCUUUCACUCUCAGCUCCACCGUAGCUGCUUGCGGACGCCGCCAGCAAUGGCUCAAAGCUUUACUUCUCCACGCAGCGGCGCGUCGAGAGGCGGCAGAGGCUGCGGUUCCAACGCCUAGCGAGCUCGUGGGCGCUGGCGUCGGGGCAUUGGCCCGCGCGGAGUGUUGGCAAGAUGCCGGGCAUUUGCUGCAAAGCCUCCAGCUGGCACGUGGAGCUAUUGCCAGCGUGGUGGCGUCCAACGCAGCACUGGGCGGCGCGGGCGGUGUGGUCGGCGGCUGGUCUUGGGCGCUGGGGCUUUUUGCAGGCCUGGCCUUGCCAGACCUCCUGAGUUUCAACUCGGCGUUGAAGGCGUGCGAAGUGGGGAGUUGCUGGGAUGGUGCCUUAGCGCUGCUCUUCCGACUACACAGUACCUGGAGAUUGCAACCGGAUUUCCUGAGCGAAGGCUCAGCCGUCGAGGCCUGUGGCCUCCUGAGCCGUUGGCCUUGGUCCUUGCAGCUCUUGCAGAGGCCAACCACGGCUUCCUUCCAAGCCGUGAUCGAUGCACUGGAGCGCGUGGGCUGUGCAGGGGUGGCGCCACAGCUUCUCGCGGAGAUGGCAUCUCCCGCGCUGGUUCCGGCGGAAAAAAGCGCCACGUUCCGGCAUUGA